UAGUCAGUUAAUUCAGUGUAUGCGCUGUUCUUAUGACCAUGCGUAUAAGAAAUACUUUCGAUCAAGGUACCUCCGCCCUCUGUUUUUCAUUGGAAAAGGUCAAGAUCUGAACAGAAUUGUUCACAGAAAGGUCCUCGAGGGACUGGUUCUUAAGCAGAAUAAGGAAACAAUCCAAGAUUGGAGCAAUGAGAAGAUUUUCAAAGAUCCCAUUGUCCAAGCACUCCUUCUCAAAAUUGAUGGGGUGGUACAAAACUACAAAGUCUAUGCAACUGUUGGUGGCACAGCAACUGAAGUAGAUGCAAACCUACGAAACAGCCUCUGGAAACCACGCCAAGUUUCCUUUUACAUUGGAUUUACCAUCAGAGGACCUGUAGCCUUUUGCAUCCAGACAGAAACUGCGGAAAAGGCAGUGGAGGUCACAGAGAUGGAUUUCUCAAAACAUGGACAAACAAAACCAGAACUGUGUGCCUGGCUAAACACCACUAGAGCCUCAGGUCAGCAUUUUGUGGAUCGUCAUCAGGCAGCUCUGAUUAACAGAGUGAGCGACACAGGAUUCAUCCUGGGUAAACUCAAGGAUAGGGGAUUGAUCUCAAAGGAGAACUAUAAUGUUGUGAGAGCUUUGAAAACCACAAAAGACCAGAUGAGCGGCAUUCUUCAGUGUUUGACUUCAGCCAGCUCAAGAGGCAAGGACGCCCUCUAUGAAAUCCUUAAAGGGAUGAGAAGCAUGAGGCCUCUCAUCCUUGAGCUUGAGGAAACUGAAUAAAGGAGGAACACGUAAAAUCCAGUCCAUCAUGUUGGUCAAGACUUGUUGCUGUUAAACAAAUGUGAUUACUUAGAUUUACGCCUAUUAGAUACACAGUUGAAUUUGGUUUCAGAAAAGGAAGUCAUCCAGUUCUGUCCCAGAGAUGAAGAAAUAGCCAGAAAAUCCUAUUGCGGAGGUGGUGGGCUGGGGUGGACGGAGGCAUGGUUGAAAAAUCCUAUGUUGUUGUUUAGGUUGGAGGACUUGUUGAAUAUGAGGUAUUAUUCAAACAAAUAUGAAAGCUUUUUGUCAUGAUCUAAAGGAGUCUGAACUGAGUUUAUGUCAGUUUGUCAUUGUGCUAAAAUUAAUAUAAAUAUUAUAUAUUAAAACAUAUACUGUUUUUCCUGAAGCAGUUAUCUUUCAAGUAGAGGGGAAGCAUGUAUGUUUUUCUUUGUAAUAAACAUUGACCAGAGUGGGGACAACAAGUUGAAGACAAAAAAUAAUAAAUUUCCACAGUGACAGUGGUAUAGUAACUAUAUAUGUCCAUGCUGCAUUCAUACCGUGGUCAUAUACCUAUUUAGGUCGCUUGGUCUCCUUGUGUAAUAAUGGUUGUAUAACAUCAAUCCUGUAAUGCACAAUCAAGUUAUAUACAUCGUUUUUUUGUUUUCAGGACAACUAUCAGAUGUGUGUGCUAUAGUGAUGUUUCUCAAUAGUUACGUGACAAGACAAA